UCAUUUUUCUUUUAAAUAAAUAAAAUGUCCUUUCGUCCUCCUCGAUCAUUACCUAUAUUAACACUUUUUCAUAAUGUGAAAUCAGAGAGAUCAAGAGCAGCUUUGGCCCUACUUCAAAAUAAACAAAAGAAUACGUUGGGAGAAGAAAGAUAUCGUAUUGAUGUUAUUGACGAAACCCAACAGGCACCUACGGAUACACAAUUAAAACAAAUUGCAAGUUUUCUUGAUAGUUCGACACCUUGGAAGGAUAUGUUGAUGUCUAAUAAUAAAGAAAUUACAAAUGCUCAUGAUGCCAUUCAUGCUCUUCAAAAAAGGCCUACUUUACUUAAUUGUCCCAUUUUAGUGGAUUGGGAUAAAGGAAGAGCAGUUAUUGGCUCAAGUAGUUUAGAGGCACUUGAAAGAUUAAUCAAUGAUAGAAAAUAAUUGUAUUUUAUUUAUUAAAUACAUAUGUACAAAUAUGAAUAAGGAUAUGAAUAUAUAACAUAAAUAUAUACAUACAUACAUACAUGUAUACAUGCAUACAUACAUACAUGUAUACAUGCAUACAUACAUACAUGUAUACAUGCAUACAUACAUACAUGUAUACAU